AUGCAUCGUAUCAUUGCCCACGCGAUCCAUGCCUUGCUCAUGAAGCGCCAUGGAGUAGUCACGCAUGACGAUGAUUUUGAAGAAGAUCAUCUAAACGAUCUUUCCGAACAUUUCCAUACCAUGAUGCCACUCGACCCUGCCGGCCCCCCAUAUAGACCUUCAUGUGGUGGGUCGAAAGAGGUUGGCGUCGAUUAUGAUAUCAAGUUACAUCUUGCUUCUCUCCUCGUAUUACUAGUAACAAGCUCUGCUGCCGCUUAUGCGCCAAUUUACAUACGAUAUCUGAUUAAAAAAAAUGCACGUACUGCCGACGCCCGAACCAGCGAUCAACUCCACGCGGAGGAUGGUAUCUCGAUCAUGACAGGAACGAAGGAGAGAGUGACUGAGAUUGCAUCGAAUACAUUUCAAUGGGCAUUAUGGGCUACUAAACAUUUUGGAACUGGUGUCAUUAUCGGGACCGCAUUUAUACAUAUACUACCUGCAGCGCAUUCUUACCUUACCGCACCUUGCCUCCCCCCUUUCUUCACGACCGAUUACCCCUCUCUGCCGGACGCUAUCGCAAUGGCAGCCAUGUUCGCGAUAUUCCUUAUCGACUUUUCGUCCAAAAGUUGGGUCGAAUCCCUUCAUGACCAAGCUACAGCAGAUGCCGAGAAGAAUGCGGGAUUAUCUGAAGAAUACGAAGCACGCAUAUCCGACCCGGCAAACAUUGACCGAUCGUUGUACCAAUCCGAAGAGAACGGAUCCGUUCUGGUUUCUUCAUAUCGGCAUGCGUCCAAGGAAGUCACCCCAAAUGAUAUGAGCGCGGUUCAUCAGGACGACCUUCUGACGAUAAAUCAAACACCACCACUCACAGAAUCUGAGAUUGCAGAGAUUGCUGAUAUGGAUGCACAUCAGGUUGAACUGCGCUACCAUAGGCAACAAGAGUUGUUAUCAACUCUGAUUGUAGAGGCCGGAACAUGUUUUCACAGUAUUUUCCUUGGACUUUCUUUGGCUUUAUCAACCGGGGAUGGGUUCACGGCGCUUUUUAUUGCGAUCGUAUUCCAUCAAGUAUUUGAAGGACUGGCUAUCGGAUCUAGGCUAGCGAGCAUCGACCUCGAUAACCAUAAUUCAAAAGAUUGGAGCUUGUGGGUUUGCUCAACAAUUUACGGAAUUACUACCCCGAUGGGCGUCGCUAUUGGCAUUGCGGUCAGACAGGACUAUGAUCUCGCGAGUGAGAGAUCGCUCAUCUUGACGGGAGUAUUUGAUAGUAUGUCUGCUGGGUUCCUGCUAUAUGGUGGGCUUGUGGGAUUGCUGAGCCGUGACUUUUUACAUGGUGAGCUGUCAAGGUCACCAGCUAGAGUGCGUAUGGCGGCCAUUUUCUUGGUCAGCUCUGGAAUGUUUGUUAUGGGGGUUCUUGGACGUUAUGCUUAG